AGAACUUGGGAGGGCUGGGCUAGGGCCCCUGCGCCGGUCUUCACCCUCCCUCUCUCCCUUCUGCCGGUGGGGCCCGCACUUCCGCGGGGCGGAGUUCUCCCAGUGCUGACGUUGGCAGCCGAACCGAAGUAGUUCGAGCUGACGGGUUACGAGGUCCACUUGUUUCGUUUCUUCCUCUUUCACUCCACGCUCCCGGCGGCGGCGGCGUUGCGAGCCUCUUCCGGGCCUGCUCUCCUCCCGCUCUCCAGCCCCGCUCGCCGGCGCGCCCAGGUUCCCAGGCAGCCGGCGGCCCACGCCCGCCUGCGCUCAGCACCGCGUUUGCAGCUCUCAGGCCCAAUCUAGCGCCCGCCUGAGAACCUCCCGGUUCCCGCGGCGCGGCACCGGGAGCGGGGCGUAGCAGCGGUCCGAGGGGGAGCGAGCGAGGCCAAGGGGUGGUUUGGGUUAGUGGUGGCGCCGCGAAGAUGGUCGCCAAACAGCGGAUCCGUAUGGCUAACGAGAAGCACAGCAAGAAUAUCACCCAGCGCGGCAACGUAGCCAAGACCUCGAGAAAUGCUCCCGAAGAGAAGGCGUCUGUAGGACCUUGGUUAUUGGCUCUCUUCAUUUUUGUUGUUUGUGGUUCUGCAAUUUUCCAGAUUAUUCAAAGUAUCAGGAUGGGCAUGUGAAGAGACUGACCUUAAGAUGUUUCCAUUCUCCUGUGAAUUUUAACUUGAACUCAUUCCCGAUGUUUGAUACCCUGGGUAAAAACAAUUGAGUAAA